AUGCCUAGCAGCAACCACUCGCAACAGCCCCAACCAGACUACAUCUAUCGUCCCGAGGAUCCCGAGUACGCGGACCAGCUUCGUGCAGACAGCGAAGUCCCAUCCAACCCCAACCACGUCGCUUCCGGCCUUUCGAACCGCUACCAUCAGCUGUCCACCACCAUGGACGCCAACGAAGUCAAGACAUUGACGCGGAUGCAGAUCCUUACGCCGCUCUCGGUGCUGCUGCAGAUGGGCGUGAUGAUCCUGUGCGGCUCGAAGCUCAUCCAUCCCAAUCUGCAGCAGGUCUCGCGUCGUCAUCCUACGUAUCUUUCGGUGCAGGAUUCGUUCGUGCUCUUCUACUGGGCCGUUCUGUACGUGCUGCUCAUCGGGUUUUCGGUGUUUCUGCUGCUCAGUCGCACUCCUGAGACCAAGAAGGCGCUGGCGCACGGCGUAGGCACCCGUCUCAGUCUCGCCAACUACAUGAUGGUGCUCUGGGCCAUCUUUUGGAUCCUCGAUCGUCCACCUACAUUCAUCCUGGGUACCGUGACUCUCGGUGUCAUCGCACUUAUCCUUCUCUUCAACGCUCUCGUCUUGGCCGUACGAUACCCGCCCUCUGCCAAGCAUCCGCUCGAUUGGCUCUUCAUCCACGUCCCCAUCAAGAUGUUCCUCGUCAUCACCCUCCAGUACGAUCUCUGGCAGCAGCUCUUCAUGGCUCUCGGAUGGGACUUUGGCUCCGGAGGCCACGACGCCCUCAUCAAAGGUCUCUGGCCUGCCUUCGGCAUCGUCACCGGUCUUGGCGCCCUUUCCGCACUGUGGAUCUUCGCCACCGCCGACCUCACCUGGACCGCCGCCGGCAUCUACCUCAACCUCGGCCUUCUCUGGCACAAACACUUCAGCCUGAUCGGCGGACGGGAGGACGGUGAGCCGCGACCGGCUCCGCUUACCGCCGCCAUCAUCCUGAGCAUCGCGUUGCAGUCGGUCGCGCUCCUUGCGGGCGUCGCGUGGAAGAGGAUCAAGGCGAGACAGGAGGGACGUAUCGCACUGCCCUUGACGCCGGAGGAGGAGGCGGCCGCGUACCGUGCAGAGGCGGAGAGGAACGCUCGUGCGAGCGCUGCUGCUGCGGGUCCUUCGUCGUCCGACGCUGCUGCUCCGGCGGGUGCGCCAAAGACCGCGGUUCGCGAUGUCGCAGAUGAGGAAGUCGCGGCAGAGUCGAGCGGUGCUACGGUAACCCCGACGAAGGUGACCAGGAAGCUCGGAGGUGGCGGCAGCACUGACAGCCCCACCAAGAAGAAGUGA